AUGAAAACAAAUUUUUCACUUUCAAUAAUUUUAUUUUUUUUGCUUUUAAUAUUUGUGGUAUCAUAUAAAGAUAUUAGGAGAGCUCCAAAAACAAUUGAUAAACAGCCAAAAUGUGGUACACGUGAAUCUAAUUGGCGUCCAUGUAUAUCAAAAAAUGUUGCAAAUAAAUUGUUUAAAUCAUGUUGUAAUCAGUUUGUACCUAAAGCAUGUCAUUCAUUAUGUACAUAUGAUACUGAUCACCUUUCUGCAAGACGUCGCCUUAUUGAUAUUGUUAUGGAAAAAAAAUGUUCUUUAGAAUAUCUUUCCUCGAUAAUGUUUUGUGCCUCUCAGAAUAGAGAUAAUAGAAAAUGUUGUAUUGAUUUAGGUCUUAAUAAUUCAGAUUUAAUGGUUGGAUCAAAAUGUUUAAGAUUUUGUGAUCCUUAUGGAACACAAAUUAAUAGAAUAACUAAAGAAGAUUCUGUUUGUUGGUAUAAUUUGAAUGUUAUCAAUUUUUGUCAUCAUAGUGGAAUAAAAGAAAUGUAA